AUGUCCUCCGCCGACACACCCACCCCCACCCCACCACCCCCGCGCCUCCUCCUGAUCAACCCCAACACCACCUCGUCUAUGACCGAAGCGCUCCAACCGGCCAUAUCUUCCCUUCAACUACCCGUCUCCGUCACAUUAUUCACCUGUCCCGCCCCCGGAAUCCCCUCAAUAAACUCGCCAGCCGAUUCAGCCAGAUCCGCCGACCUGUGUCUACCCCACCUCCUCCACUUGCUGCCACACUACGACACCUUCCUCAUAGCCUGCUACUCGCACCACCCCUUGGUUCAUCUUCUCAAGCGCGAAACCACAGCUCUCACCUCAGCCGCCACCUCCGGCGCUGGCGGCACCGGCGCCCGCAAGUACGUCACCGGCAUUUUCGAGGCGAGCGUGCUGGCGUGCCUGUCGUUGCUGCCCGAGCAUGAGCGCUUCGGGAUCGUGAGCACAGGUAAGGUGUGGGAGACAGCCUUGACAGAUGCCGUGCAGGCCUUCUUGCAUGGUGGGGAGGCUGCCACGCGGUAUGCGGGAACGGAGACGACGGGGCUGAAUGCUACGGAGCUGCAUGACCUGCCUGCGGAGGAGGUUAAGCAGAAGAUGAAGGAAGCGACCAAAAGGUUGCUGCAGCGAGGGAAUGUGGGGGCCAUCUGUCUAGGUUGUGCGGGGAUGGUGGGUUUGGAUGAGGCGGUGCGUGAGGCAUGUGUGGAAGAGUUGGGCGAUGAAAAGGGGAAGCGCGUGCAUAUUGUGGAUGGUGUAAAGGCGGGAGUUGGCCAGUUGGUUGGUAAUGCCAGAUGUGCGUUCUGA